AUGAAAAGAAAUGAAAUAGAAAAUCCUUCUGCACGCGGAAACCAAAGGGAGCGUGAUCGUGAACGAGCUCAGGCUCGGGCCGGCAAGGCCCCCAAGCAAGACGACGGCUUGACCCCUGAACAGCGUCGCGAUAGGGACGCGAAAGCGCUGCAAGAGAAGGCGGCGAAGAAGGCUGCCCAGGCUGCAGCGGGAGGAGGAACUUCGGGAGGUAAAGGGAAAAAUGAUAAGAAAUCAGGUAAAGUUAUCUUCAUUGGGAAUUUUUUUGUUUCUUUUUUAUUAUUUGAAUUGUAAUUGUUGUGCUAUAGGAUUUAUUUAUCUGUGCUUAAUAAUUUGAAGUGGAUUUGAGAUUUAGUGGGUUGUGGUGUUCGAACUCUCGAUAAUGUUGGAAAACAGUUGAUGUGUUAUUUAAGAAUCUCUAUUUCUUAUUGUUUUAA